AUGGUUCGUACAGUCUGGACUCUGGUGCUGUUGGUGGGGGCUGCACUCCCAAGGAGAGAGAAACCUCCGGACCAGAAGCUGGUCAUUCACAGCUCUACGGACAAUGACGUCCUUACCCAGUGUGAUUUUGAAGAUGACACCAAACCCCUCUGUGACUGGUCCCAAGUGUCUGCAGAUGAUGGAGACUGGGUUCGAGCCAGCGGGCCCUCUCCUGCCGGCACCACUGGGCCCCCUGGGGGGUACCCCAAUGGAGAGGGCAGCUAUCUGCACAUGGAAUCGAACAACUUUCACCGGGGCGGAGUGGCCCGCCUGCGCAGCCCUGACCUGUGGGAGGAAGGACCCCUCUGCGUGCGCUUCGCCUACCGCAUGUUUGGGCUGUCUUGGGGUGCCCAGCUCAGGCUGCUGCAGCUCUUGAGUGAACAGGGCCACCGCCCCCACGUGCUCUGGAAACACAGGAACACGCAGAGACCCUCCUGGAUGCCCACUAGUGUCACUGUGCCUGCAGGGUUCACCCUGCCCACCCGGCUGAUGUUUGAAGGAACACGGGGUAACACUGCCUACCUGGACAUCGCCCUGGACACCCUCUCUAUCCACCGGGGCUCCUGCAACCGCGUCUGUAUGAUGCAAACAUGCAGCUUUGACAUUCCAAAUGACCUCUGUGGCUGGACCUGGAUCCCAACUGCCUCCGGGGCCAAGUGGACUCAGAAGAAGAGGCCAUCGGGAAAACCAGGAGUGGGGCCUGAGGGCGACUUCUCUAGCCCUGGCAGUGGCUACUAUAUGCUCCUGGACCCAAGGAAUGCAAGAGCUGGGCAGAAAGCCAUCCUCCUGAGCCCCGUGAGCCCGUCCUCUGGCUGUCUGAGCCUUUCCUUCCACUACAUCCUCUGGGGCCAGUCUCCUGGCGCAGCACUCCACAUUUACGCUUCAGUCUUAGGGAGCAUACGGAAACACACUCUCUUCUCAGGACAUCCUGGACCCAACUGGCAAGCUGUUUCUGUCAAUUACACAACUGUGGGACGGAUACAGUUCAUCGUGGUGGGCGUUUUUGGAAAGAUCCCCGAGCCAGCUGUGGCAGUUGAUGCAGUCAGCAUCGCUCCUUGCGGGGAGGGCUUUCCUCAGUGUGACUUUGAAGAUAGCGCCCAUCCCUUCUGUGACUGGGUCCAGACUUCCAAGGAUGGUGGACAUUGGGUCCUCGGACAUAAAAACAUAUCCAUCCACGGCAUGGGCCCCUCGGGAGAUUUCCCUAGUGCAGGUGGUCACUAUAUCUACCUUGAGACUGACAAAUUCUCCCGGGCAGGGCAGUCAGUCAGACUGGUGAGCCGGCCCUUCUGCGCCCCGGGUGACAUCUGUGUGGAUUUCGCAUACCACAUGUAUGGCCUUGGGGAGGGUACUACGCUCAAGCUCCUCCUGGGAAGUCCUGCAGGGAGCCCCCCAUUUCCUCUCUGGAAAUGCGUGGGGUCCCAGAGCCCUUAUUGGCAGAAUACCUCUGUCACCAUCCCUUCAGGACAUCAACAGCCCAUGCAGCUGAUUUUUAAGGCCAUCCGGGGCAGCAACACAGCCUUUGUGGUUGCUCUGGGUUUCAUCUUGAUCAAUCCUGGGACUUGUCCAGUAAAAGUGCUACCAGUGCUUCCUCCUACAUCUCCAGCUUCUUCUGCUGUCCCUUCUGAAACCACUGGCCUCACAGAAAACCCUACAAUCUCCACACAAAAACCUACAGUUUCCACAGAAAAGCCCACAGUCCCCAAAGAAAACCCCACCAUUCCCACGGAAAAACCUAGCAUCCCUACUGAAGAGCCCUCUAUCCCUACUGAAAAGCCCAUCAUUUCCACAGAAAAGCCCACUGUCCCCACAGAAGAGCCCAACACCCCCACUGAGGAGACCACCAUCUCCACAGAAGAACCUGCCAUCCCCACAGAGAAACCCAGUGUUCCCACAGAAAAACCCACCAUCCCCACUGAAGAAGCCACCACCUCCAUUGAAGAGACCACCAUCUCCACCGAAGAGCCCGCCACCCCCACGGAAAAACCCACCAUCCCCACAGAAAAACCCAUCAUCUCCACGGAAAAACCCAUCAUCCCCACUGAAGAAACCACCAUCCCCACUGAAGAGACCACUGUCCCCACUGAAAAACCAACUGUCCCCACUGAAAUACCUACCAUUCCCACUGAGACAACCACCGUCCCCACAGAAAAUCUGACUGUUCCCACUGUACAGCCCACCACUCCCACUGAAGAGACCACCACCUCCAUAGAAGAGUCCACCAUCCCCACUGAAGAGACCACUGUCCCCACAGAAAAACCCACCAUCCCCACUGAAGAGACCACCGUCUCCACAGAAAAACCCACCAUCCCCACUGAAGAGACCACCGUCCCCACAGAAAAACCCACCAUCCCCACUGAAAUACCUACCAUUCCCACUGAGACAACCACCGUCCCCACAGAAAAACCGACCAUCCACACUGAAGAGACCACCGUCCCCACAGAAAAACCCACCAUCCACACUGAAGAGACCACCGUCCCCACAGAAAAACCCACCAUCCCCACUGAAGAGACCACCGUCCCCACUGAAGAGACCACCAUCCCCACUGAAGAGACCACCGUCCCCACUGAAGAGACCACCAUCCCCACUGAAGAGACCACCAUCCCCACUGAAGAGACCACCAUUCCCACUGAAGAGACCACCAUCCCCACUGAAGAGACCACCAUUCCCACUGAAGAGACCACCGUCCCCACUGAAAAACCCACCAUCCCCACUGAAGAGACCGCCAUCCCCACUGAAAAACCCACCAUCCCCACUGAAGAGACCCGCUGCCCCCCAAAUGCUCACUACGAAUCCUGUGCUUGUCCCGCUUCGUGCGAGAGCCCGAGGCCUAGCUGCGGGCCCGUCUGUCGGGGGGGCUGUGUCUGCGACCCAGGCUUUUUGUUUACUGACAACCGCUGCAUCCAGGCCUCUUCCUGCAAUUGCUUCUACAACAACAACUACUAUAAGCCUGGGGCAGAGUGGUUCAGCCCCAACUGCACAGAACGUUGCCGAUGCUGGCUGGGCAGUCGGGUCGAGUGCCAGAUCUCUCAGUGCGGGACACACACCGUGUGCCAGCUUAAGAAUGGCCAGUACGGAUGCCACCCCUAUGCAGGCACUGCCACCUGCUUGGUCUACGGAGACCCUCAUUAUGUCACCUUUGACGGGAGGCACUUUGGCUUCAUGGGCAGGUGCACUUACAUCUUGUCCCAGCCCUGUGGCAACUCGACAGACCCAUUCUUCAGGGUGACAGCCAAGAAUAAGGAGCAGGGACUAGAAGGCGUGUCCUGCCUGAGCAAAGUCUAUGUGACCCUGCCCGAGACCACCGUCACCCUGCUCAAGGGCAGACGCACGCUGGUUGGGGGUCAGCAAGUUACCCUCCCAGCCAUACCCUCCAAAGGCGUCUUCCUGGGUGCAAGUGGGCGAUUUGUGGAGCUGCAGACGGAGUUUGGUUUGCGGGUGAGAUGGGAUGGUGACCAGCAGCUGUAUGUGACAGUGUCCAGCAUCUACUCUGGUAAACUCUGUGGUUUGUGUGGAAACUAUGAUGGCAACAGUGACAAUGACAACCUGAAGUCGGAUGGCAGCCCAACAGCGGACAAGGAGGAGCUGGGGAACAGCUGGGAGAUGGACGAGGACGAGGACCAGGAGUGUCAGAAGAACCAGGUGGUGCAUCCCCCGUCUUGUGAUUCAUCCCUGCAGAGCAGCAUGUCAGGGCCAAGGUUCUGUGGACGGCUGGUUGACACCCGUGGCCCGUUUGAGAUGUGCCUGCUGCACAUGAAGGCCACCUCCUUCUUCGACAGCUGCAUGUUUGAUAUGUGCAACUUCCAGGGACUGCAGCACCUGCUGUGCACACACAUGUCCACCAUGACCACUGCCUGCCAGGAUGCGGGCUACGCUGUGAAGCCCUGGAGGGAACUCCAGUUCUGCCCAAUGGCCUGCCCGCCCAACAGCAGAUACUCCCUUUGUGCCAAGCCGUGCCCUGACACCUGCCAUUCAGGAUUCUCCGGCAUGUUCUGCUCAGACCGGUGCGUGGAGGCCUGUGAAUGCAAUCCGGGCUUCGUCCUCAGCGGCCUCGAGUGUGUACCUCGCUCCCAGUGUGGGUGCCUCCAUCCCGUAGGCAGCUACUUCAAGGCAGGGGAGCAGUGGUAUAAGCCGGGUUGCAAAGAGCUGUGCGUCUGUGAAAGCAACAACAGAAUUCGCUGUCAGCCCUGGAGGUGUAAGUCCCAGGAGUUCUGUGGCCAACAGGAUGGUGUCUAUGGCUGCCAUGCCCAAGGUGCCGCCACCUGCAUGGCUUCAGGUGACCCCCACUACCUGACCUUUGAUGGAGCCCUGCACCACUUCAUGGGCACCUGCACCUAUGUCCUGACCCGGCCUUGCUGGUCCAGGUCCCAAGACAACUAUUUUGUUGUGAGCGCCACCAACGAGAACCGUGGGGGGAACGUGGAGGUCUCCUACAUCAAAGCCGUCCAUGUGGCGGUGUUUGACCUUAGCAUCUCACUGCUCAGAGGCCGCAAGGUCUUGCUGAAUGGCCAUCAGGUGGCCCUACCUGUGUGGCCUGCACGAGGCCAGUUGACCAUAAGGCUCAGCAGCUCCUUUGUUCUCCUCUACACGAACUUUGGGCUCCAGGUUCGCUACGACGGGAGCCACUUGGUUGAAGUGACAGUCCCCUCCUCCUAUGGCGGCCAGCUCUGUGGGCUGUGUGGGAACUACAACAACAACAGCUUAGAUGACAACCUGCUCCCUGAUAGAAAGAUUGCAGGCGAUUCCAUGCAGCUGGGGGCGGCCUGGAAGUUACCUGAAUCCUCUGAACCUGGCUGUUUCCCUAUGGGUGGCAAGCCCUCUAGCUGCCAGGAGAAUGGCAUGGCAGACGCCUGGAGCAAGAACUGUGUGAUCUUAAUAAACCCUCAGGGACCCUUCUCUCAGUGUCAUCAGGUGGUGCCUCCUCAGUCCAUCUUCGCCAGUUGCGUGCAAGGCCAGUGUGAGACCAAGGGUGACACCACAGCCCUGUGCCACUCCCUGCAGGCCUAUGCGUCCCUGUGUGCCGAGGCUGGCCAGGCCCCUGCCUGGCGGAACAGAACCUUCUGCCCUAUGAGGUGCCCACCUGGCAGCAGCUACAGCACCUGUGCCAGCCCUUGCCCAGCCACCUGCAACAGCAUAAACACCCCGAGGGACUGCCCCAAAGCACUGCCCUGUGCUGAGGGCUGCGAAUGUCAGAAAGGCCACAUCUUGAGCAGAACCUCAUGCGUGCCCCUUGGCCAGUGUGGCUGCACCGACCCAGCGGGCUCCUACCACCCGGUCGGGGAGCGCUGGUACACAGAGAACACCUGCGCCAGGCUCUGCACCUGCUCCAUCCACAACAACAUCACCUGCAUCCAAAGCAGCUGCAAACCCAACCAGAUAUGCUGGGCCCUGGAUGGGCUGCUCCGUUGUCGGGCCUCAGGUAUGGGAGUGUGUCAGCUCCCAGGGGAGUCCCACUAUGUGAGCUUUGAUGGCAGUAACCAUUCCAUCCCCGACGCCUGCACUCACAUCCUGGUGAAAGUCUGCCACCCCGCCAUGGACUUGCCCUUCUUCAAGAUCAGUGCAAAGCAUGAGAAGGAGGAAGGUGGGACUGAGUCUUUUCGUCUUCAUGAGGUCUACAUUGACAUCUACGAUGCCCGGGUCACCCUGAAGAAGGGCCGCCAUGUGCUGAUCAACAGCAAACAGGUCACCCUCCCCGCAAUCUCCCAGAUCCCCGGGGUCAGCGUCAAGUCCAGCAGCAUCUACACAAUUGUUAACUUCAAGACUGGCGUGCAGGUCAAGUUUGAUGGGAAUCGUCUCUUAGAGAUUGAAAUUCCCACUACCUACUAUGGAAAGGUCUGUGGCGUGUGUGGGAACUUCAACGAUGAGGAAGAGGAUGAGCUAAUGAUGCCCAGCGAUGAGCUAGCCCAGAGUGACAGCGAAUUCGUGAACAGCUGGAAAGAUAAGGACAUUGACCCAAGCUGUCAGAAACUCCUGGUGGAUGAGCAGCAGAUCCUAGGGGAACAGCAGGAGAACCGGAGUGGAAACUGCAGGGCGAACGACCUCCGCAGGGCUCGGGAAAAGUGUGAGGCAGUGCUGCGGGCUCCCACGUGGGCGCAGUGCGCCUCCCGCAUAGACCUCACGGCCUUCCUGGUGGGCUGUACGAACACCCUCUGUGUGUUCGGAGGUCUCCACCACGCCCUCUGCGACGCUCUGCAAGCCUUCGGGACCGUCUGCCAGAGCCAGGGGCUUAAGCCCCCACUCUGGAGAAACAGCAGCUUCUGCCCUCUGGAAUGCCCUGCCUAUAGCAGGUACACCAACUGCCUUCCCUCCUGCUCACCUUCCUGCUGGGACCUGGAUGGCCGCUGUGAGGGCGCCAAAGUCCCCUCUGCCUGUGCUGAGGGGUGCAUUUGUCAGCCUGGCUAUGUGCUGAAUGAGGACAAGUGUGUCCCCAGAAGUCAGUGCAGCUGCAAGGAUGCCCAUGGUGGCUCGAUCCCUGUGAACAAGAGCUGGGUCUCCAGUGGUUGCACAGAGAAGUGUGUUUGCACAGGAGGAGCCAUUCAGUGCAGGGACUUCCGAUGCCCCUCUGGAUCCCACUGCCAGCUCAGUUCCGACAACAGCAACAGCAACUGUGUCUCAGAUAAGUCUGAACAAUGCUCAAUCUACGGGGACCCCCGUUACCUCACGUUUGACGGCUUCAGCUACCGCUUCCGUGGCCGCAUGACCUAUGUCCUGAUCAAGACUGUGGACAUGCUACCUGAUGGGGUGGAGCCCCUGCUUGUGGAGGGACGCAACAAGAUGUAUCCACCCGGGAGCUCCAUCUUCUUGCACGAGGUGAUUACCACCGUCUAUGGCUAUAAAGUGCAGUUCCAAGCUGGCCUGGAGCUUGUGGUCAACAACCAGAAGAUGGCUGUCCCCUACAGGCCGGAUGAGCAUCUGCGUGUCACCCUGCGGGGCCAACGGCUCUAUCUGGUCACCGACUUUGAGCUGGUCAUCAGCUUCGGUGGAAGGAAAAAUGCAGUGAUCUCCCUACCCAGCUUCUACAGGGGGCUUGUGCGUGGCCUGUGUGGGAACUACGAUGAGAACCGCAAGAAUGAGAUGAUGCUGCCCACUGGUGCCCUGACCCAGAACCUCAACACCUUCGGCAACAGCUGGGAGGUGAAGACCGAGGACGCCCUCCUCCGAUUUCCCAGGGCUGUACCAGCGGAGGAGGAGGGACGAGGGGCCGAAUUGGGCCUCCGUGUGUCUGAAUGCAGCCCGGAGCAGCUGGCGAGCAACAGCACCCAGGCCUGUAGGGUGCUGGCGGACCCCCAAGGCCCCUUUGCUGCCUGUCACCAGACGGUGGCCCCAGAGCCCUUCCAGGAGCACUGUGUGCUGGAUCUGUGCUCUGCCCAGGACCCCAGAGAGCAAGAAGAGCUGCGUUGUGAGGUCCUCAGCGGGUACGCCAUCCUCUGCCAGGAGGCAGGCGCUGUGCUGGCCAGCUGGCGGGACCAUACCCUCUGCGCCAUGGAGUGCCCAGCAGGUACCAUGUAUCAGAGCUGUAUGACACCCUGCCCAGCAUCCUGUGCCCACCUGACGGACCCUGGGGACUGCGAGGGCCCCUGCGUGGAAGGCUGCGCCAGCAUUCCAGGCUACGCCUACAGCGGCACCCAGAGCCUCCCGCUGGCUGACUGUGGCUGCACCAGCAAUGGCAUCUACUACCAGGUCUGGGCUGGCAGUGGGAGGCCCCAGGGAGCAGAGGUGCCAAAGGGAGCCAGACCAGGGAUGGAACCGGAGCGUCUCCUCCUGGCCCUUCCCUUUUCUAGCUGGGCGACAUCUUUGUGACUGAGGACUGCUCUCAGCGCUGCACCUGCGCCAGCUCGAGGAUC